UUAUAAUCAAUGUGCCAAUUUAUUGCUUGAACGAGCGAUCGCCGAGCAUAGUCGUAAAGAACAAUUAAAACCUUUACAAGACUUUUUAGGUCGCAAUGUUCCAAGUAUGCCCGCCCCGGGUGAUGUAGAUUUUAUAUAUUGCGGGCCACCUUGUCAAGGAUUUAGUGGCGUUAAUCGUUAUCAAAAAGCGGAUGAUAUAAAAAAUUCGUUAGUCGCAACUGCACUUAGUUACGUUGAUUUUUAUAGACCAGAGUUCUUUUUAUUGGAAAAUGUAAGAGGAAUGUUAAGCUUCCGUUUAGGAGGAAAACAAGACGGGAACAAGAUUUUAGGAGGCAUUAAAAUGGGUGUGAUAAAAUUCAUAAUAAGGUCCUUGACAGCGAUGGGGUACCAAACAAAGUUUAGUGUCCAGCAGGCUGGACAUCAUGGAGUUCCUCAAAGUCGUAGACGACUAUUUAUAUGGGGGGUAAAACGCGGGUCAUACCUUCCGAAUUUUCCUCAGCCAUCUACUUGUUUUUCGAAACAGGGUUCAAUAAAUGUACUACUGCCAGAUGGCACGUCAUUUACAUAUAACCAUCGUACAAAUGGGUAUGCACCAUAUCCAGCUGUAUCUGUUAGAGAAGCGAUCAAUGAUCUACCAGAAUUUGAAUUCGUCAAUCCUCAUCAAGUUUAUCCCGCCGAAAAAGAGGACAAGGAACUCCAACGCCCGUUUAGACAAAUCGAAGUGCCUGAAAGAGGUUGGGUUGGCGAUAUAGAAACUGAAUAUGGAUCCGAACCACUUUCUGAAUACCAACGCCAAUCUCGUAAAGAUUGUGCACGUGUGUACAAUCACAUUUGUAGAGUAUUUAAUAAAUUAACGAUUGAACGUAUUGUUCGUAUAGCCAUGUUUCCCGGUGCCGAUCACUCAAGUCUACCCGAGAAAUUAAAACCGUGGUGUCUAAGUGAUCCCAAUUCAGCGGCUAGUCGACAUAAUGGAUGGAAAGGUCUUUUCGGACGUCUUGAUUUUGAGGGUCAUUUUGUCACGGCUCUAACAGAUAUAAAUCCAAUGGGGAAAACAGGGACUGUUGUCCAUCCUAACCAAAGAAGACUGUUGACAGUCAGAGAAUGUGCACGCGCACAAGGUUUUCCGGACAAAUUCAGGUUCUACAGUGAUCGUGAUGAUACGAAAGAUAUGCACAGGCAAAUUGGAAAUGCUGUACCUCCACCGCUUGCCUAUGCUCUUGGACGGUUAUUAGUAGAGGCUGUAUUCAAAAAACACAUGGAAAACAAAAAGUUAAAAGGAAAGGGAAAACUUGUUGUCUAAAUCAC